GUUCAAUUAAGCGACCAUGACAAUGAUCAACGUUUGAUGGCGUCGAGAGUUGUUGGUGCGGCUGUUCGGGCUGUAAAGUCAACGAAAAGGCCUCUAAUACCACGAAAGGCAGCAUUGUCCUUGACCCCUGCUGCUGUCACACGAAUCAAAUCACUGCUGAAGGAUGAACCAGAUGUUAUUGCGUUAAGAGUAGGCGUCAGAACGCGAGGUUGCAAUGGUCUUACUUACACGUUGGAUUAUGUGAAAGAAAAAGGCAAAUUUGAUGAAGUCGUGGAGCAAGAUGGUGUAACCGUACUGAUUGACAAGAAGGCUCAACUCUCUCUACUCGGAACAGAAAUGGACUUUCAUGAAACCAAGUUAGCUACUGAAUUCAUAUUUAACAACCCAAAUAUCAAAGGCACGUGUGGUUGUGGAGAAAGUUUUAAUUUGUAGAAGUAGCAGUAGUUUUAUGUAGUGUUGGAGUGUCUUUAAUUUCCCUAGUGGUCAGAAGGGCAUUUAUAUUUAUUCUGCUAUAUAAACCUUGGAAUACAGGAAUCUGGUCAUAGUGCAGCCACAAAGCCGUUGUUUAUUUAAUCAGCUAUGUCCUUAUGGGGCGCUAAGCUAGGAAAUAUAGGUAAUGUUUCAUUGUUUUGAAGUAAUUUUCCACCCUUACUCCAUUCAUUCGAUCAUUGUUGUGCCUCAGCUGGGACAUGAGGUAUUUUGAUAGAUUGUAGGUGUGUUGUUGUGCCAUCCUUAAAAGUACAUCUGUUGUGGGUAUCCCAGCCGUAAUUCCCCUCUAUGAAACGUUUUUUUUUGACAUCUCCAAACUUUUUUCUGCAUCAUUUUCUGCAGAAAUCUGGUAAAGUGUUUAGAAUCCACAUUUGAAACUACAAAGGUUGUUGGUUAUUCUUGUCUGGUUACAUGACAAUUUAAUUGCUGCUUUUUAUUUCCAUUAAUAAGGACUAACUUCAAUAUAAAUAUAAAAAUAUAAAUAUAUAUAUGUAAAUAUAACUUCUUUUAUAUCUCAAAUCUCUGUCCACCAUUGCUGUUUUAAUAUACGUUUGGUGUGUCCAAAAUAAUUCCAGCCUACGGUACCUUGUGGAUUUUUAGGCACAUGUUACUUGCAAUAGACAUAUCUAUAAGGGUUGCCAUGUGUUUCUCAGGUUUAACCGCGUUUAACUGCCCCCUAGAUGUUGCGAGGAUGGAGAGACAGAAAGGUGUGCAUGCUGAUAAAUGCUGUUAACGUUAUAAUUCUAUACGAUCAUGUAUUAUAAUGUGUGCAGGUUUUUUCUGCCAGACAUAUUUGUACAUGUACACCGUGGUUCAGUGUGUGAUCCUGGUAUGGCUUGUAUGUGCAUAUGUAGGUUUGUAAAAAUUGCUCUAUAUAACAUCAGAAAAGUGAUGUACAGUUACUGAAGCUAUUAUCCCGUAUGUAGAUAGCCAUUCUGUAGAUAGUUUGUUGUCGAACAACAUCCGAGUGAACAUGAUUUUUCUAGAGAUCAGCUAUUUUUUAACAUAUUAUAAAAUCUGUAAUGUCUAAUUUUCACUUUGAUUUUUCAACGUAUCUAUCUGCAUCCAUGUGGUGAUAGUUGUAACAUGCAGUAUUCAAGACUAGGGUUAUUUUCAUGCUCGUACUUGUGCUUCUGACAAUUAUUAACUUCGUUACAAGGCCGUGAUUAGCUUUUCAUUAUGUUCAUCGAUUAUUGUGUUUUAGAACGACUAGUGUAAAUUCAGCUGGUGACAUAAUGUGAGAGUAAGUAUCUAUAGGUUUUGGUCGAGCCCUGAAAUCGUGGGGUGGAGUUUGUCUGAUUGCUUCAUCUUUAAUCACUCGUCUAUUGCUCAGCGAUGUUUCUGGGUGACAAGCUAUUACUAGGUAUGCUCUGUCGUGACAGCUGCAAUAAGCUGCUCUAAUCUGGGGGUAGUAAGUAAACUGCGUCGGAGUCCAGCGAGGGAAGAAGAGUGACUCUUCCAUAUUUAAAUGUUUGCAUUUGUGUGCGUCGUUACGGGAAUUUUGUAUAGUACUUAGCAAUGCUAGACUCUUGUUACCUGCUCGAGACUCGUGUAAAUAACUGCAGCAGAUGUUUUAUGGGUCGAUGAAUGAAUUUAAUAAUAAAUGUUUACUAAAAUGGAAAUAUGGUCUGUGCCGCAGUUAUUUUCAUGUAUCACGUACAACAAAAUGCGAGGAAGUGCAAAUCGUUAAAUUCACAAAUACUGAUAUAUUAUUAGGUGUUGCAAAAGUAAGACAAUUAUCACGAAUAUUCUAUUGAAUGACACUGCAAAAAUGUCGAGUACAUCCAAUAUAAUAGUAUCAACUUGACACUUUGCCAGCUUGUACCCCAA